AUGACUUCCCCGUUUGCAACGCCUCCUCAUCCCGUCACAGGAGCGGCUUUGUCCCCCUUCAGGGUCGACGUGCCGGAUGCGGAGAUCCAAAAGCUCCGCACCCUCCUCGAACUCUGUCCCAUCGCGGCGCCCAACUACCCCAACAGCGCCCAGCACGGCGGCCGGUUCGGCGUGACGCGCGACUGGCUCGCCUCGGCGGUCUCGCACUGGGCCAGCCCCUCGUCGUUCGACUGGCGUGGGCACGAAGCCAAGAUCAACAGCAUCCCGCACUUCAAGCUCUCCCUGGUCGACGACUACGAUGCGUCCGGGACGGGGGCGGCCUACACGGUGCACUUCGCCGCCCUCUUCUCGCCCAACCCGGACGCGGUGCCGAUCCUCCUGAUGCACGGCUGGCCCGGCUCCUUCACCGAGUUCCUGCCCAUCUUGCUGGCCCUGCGCGACCAGUACAAAGACGACCCGGCGGCGCUGCCCUACCACCUCGUCGUGCCGUCGCUGAUCGGCUUUGGCUUCUCCACCGGCCCACCCCUCGACGCCGACUUUGGGCUCGUCGACCAAGCCAGGAUCAUGGCGAAGCUGAUGGCCGCGCUUGGCUUCGGCAAGCGGACCGGAGGCGGCGGGUACGUGGUGCAGGGCGGGGACGUGGGGGCCAUUGUCAGCACCGCCAUGGCCGCCCUGUACGAUGAUGUCAGGGCCGCCCAUCUGAACCUGCUCAUGCUGCGCGAGCCGCCGGAAGGGCUGGAUCCCGCCGCCGUCUCCUACUCGGCCCAGGAGCUGGAGAAGAUGCAGUCCGCGAAGCAGUUUGUCACCACCGGCAUGGAUUAUGCCAACCUCCACGGCAACAAGCCGAGCACCGUUGGCCUUGCCAUCGGCAGCAGUCCGGUCGCGCUGCUGGCCUGGAUCGGAGAGAAGAUGCUGGCUUGGUCAGACCCAGCCACAGCGCCUUCACUCGAUGAGAUAUUGCUGAACAUCAGCAUCUACUGGUUCACCGGAUGCUACCCCACGAGUAUCUGGUUCUACCGGAAUCUUGUCGAUCGGAGCAGGAUCGCACCCGAGGUCACUUGGAAGGGUAUUAAAGGCAAGCCUCUUGGCUUUUCCUCUUUUGCAAAGGAGAUUGGCCCGCCACCAAAAUCGUGGGUGGAUGCAACGCGGGUCGUGUCGUGGUACAGAGAACACGAACAGGGUGGCCAUUUUGCUGCGCUCGAGCAGCCUCACGUACUGUGGAACGAUGUUGUUCAUUUCAUCGAUGAAUCUCUGUAG